AUGGCUGGUCCUACUCGGGAAGAAGAGAGACAUUUUAAAAAGCAAACAGAUAGACGAGAUUUUAAUGCGAAGCGAAAGAAUUCGUUUGGUAAAAAACAGGAGCUUCAAAUGAGCAACCCUCCGAAUCCAACUGUCGCUAUUACCACUUCAUCGUCCUCACCAUCAACUCCUUCCAUUGGAAUAACAUCUACAACUACAUCAUCAACGACAGCUUCUACUCUUGCAUCUGGACCGGCAUUACCGAGCUUACGACCGACGCAAGAACAUAUUCCUCUUAAUAGUUUCAAUGCGCAGGAAGUUACUACUUAUCUUAAUAAUACUUGGAAAGAGGUACUUGAAAGACAUUACGAUAGUAAUCUUUCUGAAGCUGAAAAACCAGAACUUUACAGUCCUCCGGUCAAUAAACCUGCUUGGGGGCAAAGAGGUAAUCGUUUUCUAAAAGAAUUCACAUUUAGAAUUAUAAUAUGA